CCCUUCCUUCCUGCCCGCUCGGCGCGCGCGUUCCAAAGGCGGCGGGAGGCUGCCCUGAGGGGCCGGGCCGGCGGGACCGGCUUGUGCCGCUUCUGGAGUGAGCUGAGCCCAACAGCCUGAAGGAACAAAGAAUAGCUUGAGCAGUGUUUACUGAAAAGCGAAAUGUCCUCAAAGAAGAAAAUAAAGAAGAAUCGUACCAGCUAUAAGCCAGAGGAGCACAAAGCCAACUCCAAUUCUCGUGUGAAAUCUCUUCCGCUUGAGGAGCCAGAUGUCUCAAGGAUAUUGAAGGUAGCAGGCACAAACCAGCUUGAUGAGCUUGAUGAUUCCUUUGAUCACCCUUUGCACAGUACUGCUGUGGAUGCUUAUGGAGAGGAACAGUCACAAAACGAGGCACUCGGUCGUGUUUCAGCACCACAAAGGCAAAAUACAGACAGACGUAAAAAACGGCGUCACUCAAAGCCCUCCAGUGGUGAUGCUCAGGAAUUCAACACAGCUGGUGCUGGAGAGGAGCCCCUUAAGGAGACUGUGAAAACUCUGAAUACUGAAUUCCAGGAAGAAAAGGAGCAGCCCUCAGAGGAGAACACAUCAGAUCCUUCUGUGGAUAACCCACAUUCUGUACAGGUUUGGUGUCCCAAAGAGCUGAAGAGAUCUCCUAGAGAUAUUACAGAACUGGAUGUUGUUCUGGCUGAAGUUGAGAAGAUAGCAGCAAAUUACAGACAAAGCAUAGAAUCAAACAUUUGCAGAAAGGCUAUCAGUGACUUUUCUUCUGCUUUCAAGGAUCAAAUCACUGAUCUUAUAGCAGGAGUCCAGGAAUUAAAGAAUAUGAAGAAGAAAAAUGCUAAGGCAAUAACCAACAUCAAAAAGAAAAGGCAGCAACUGGUGCAAGUCAGAGAAGGGCUAAUUGGAGCUGAACCGCAGCUGACGCAACUACAAAGAGAAUUUGCUGAGUUACAGGAAAGGAAAUCUUCCCUGAGGCAAACAAUUGAAUUAAUUACUGAUUUAAAGGAGCUACAGCAAGACUGUUUGGAUUAUAGAGAAGAAAACCCUCAAAAAAAAGUGGUAUAUGGAACUUCCAGCCUCCCUGCUCUUCUGGUGGAGUCUCGGAGAAUUCUAGGAGCAGAAAGGCACUUUGAGAGUAUCAAUAUGAAACUUGAAGAGGCUCUGGCUGCACAAAAAGAGCAGAAAUCAAAGAAAAAUUAAGUGGCCUUUUAAGACUUUCAGACAUUCAGUAGAAACAGUUAUUAGAAUUGUCAGUGCUUAAAGCUUGUUUAAUCAUUGUUAUUCUGUUUUGUUUCAGUGUUUAAAAGAAGUCAGCAACUUAAAGAUUUUAUCUUUUUAUUGUCAAAUAAAAAAGAUAUCAAGAUGUCAAAUAUCAAUGAAAGGAAAUAGUGAUCACAGUUAAUAGAACAUUUCUGUACUCUGAAUAAUGUUGGGUGUUAAUAUUGUCCUAUUAAAGUAAUCUUGAGAAGACUAUAUUCAUAAAGAGAACACAGACUCUGGUUCAACAAAGAUGAAUAAACAAAUAUGUUUAUUAAAUUUG